AUGGUUGCAGUGUUAUAACCGUCUCAGUAUUUCUGGGCAGUCCUCCAGCGUCAGAAGACAGACAGCGUCAGUCAAGUUUUUAAAACAACAUGAGUGUGAUGCUGGGGGAGAAUAAGAAAACCACGGUAAGGAAAUGGUUCAUCUUGUGUGCUAAUGAACUCAUAUUGUUUGGAAUGUAUGACGUACAGUACAGAGGCCGGUAUGGUCAACUGUCUGUUACAUUUCUUAGUUGAUUCAUAUAUUUUGUAUUACAGCCAUGUUAAAUAUUGUUAUUUUUCUUGCCAGUAUAAUACGUAGUACUAAUGUUUUCAAUUUCAAUUAUUCAAAAUGCAAAUUUUGUCAUCCAGUACAAGAGAAACUGAGAAAAACUGAAAAUAUUUCAAGAGAAAAGCAUGAUAAGCCAUUUUAACCGCUAAUUCUGUUUCUAUUGGACUAAAUGACACAGAUGGCUUCGACUGUGGCAGAGAGAGCCAUUGGGGCUAUCAUUGGAGCAGCUGUGGCAGACGCAGCAGGUAAUUUCAUGGGACUGAUAUAUUUUCAUUAACAGCAAUAUCCCAAUAAGAUACUGCAGCACUGGCUCAAACAUAGCUCUGAUGUAAUGUCUUGGUGUCAAUCAGUAUGAGACAUCUGCACAGCUGCACAUCUGCCACUGAUGAUAUGGAGAGUAUAAAAGGGUGUUACCCUACACUGACUUCUCAACAAAGUUAAACAACAGUGUUAUAAAAUCAAUAAUGUUCUAUUAGAAUGAAAGUACAUAUAACCAAUGUCAUAUGGAUUGAUUAACAUUGCACUCUUGCUAUAUGUAAUAUUACAAGCCAUACACAUACAGUAUGGCAAUUAAUGAUCUGGACAGUCCACUGGCCGUAAAAACGUUCGAGAAUUGGAAAGUGUCCAAUAUCAUUAUCUCUAAUAACCACAAUACAUAACGCAUACUGAAGACUGAAUAUUAUGACAGGGAAGUGGAGUGGAACCAAGCUGAUGAAACACCUAUUUAUGGUUGUAGAUACUUUAUAAUACAUCCACAGGAAAUAAGGGUUAAAGACUAUAACAAUGACUCAAUACAUACAACUAAGGCUACACUAUCAGUCCAGUAACUUUCUAUUUUCUAUGUACCCCACCCUAACAGCCCAGCCCAUGCAUUGGAUUUACAACCCAGAGCGACUGAAGGAGGUUCUGUCAGAUCUGGAACCGUGUCCAGAGUUCCGCCCUCAGUCUGCUAACCCGUUCUACCGCAGAGAGACCGGAGAGCAGAGUUGCUACGGAGACCAGGCCUACGUACUGCUAGAGUCGCUCAGCCAAUGUGGAGGUAGCAUACUGACCCCCAAUAGGACAAAUAUCCAAUGGCCUAAUGUCUUGCUAAAUAAAGAACAUGUCGACUUUGUUUUAUCGUGUUCACUCCAUGAAUGAUAUAGUAUAUAUUAAUAUGCUCUAUGUGUUUGUUGGUAUUCACUAGAUGUGAACGUGGAGGACUUGACCAAGCGCAUCUACAAGUUCUUUGGCCCAGACACUGUGUAUGAUCUUCCUCUCAAUAACCCAUACAGACAAAAGAACGGUAGGCAACCAAUCAGCAGUCAUUUCCUGUGUGUGUAUAAACUGUUGCUUUUCUGUGCCCCAUCAUCUGACCAAAGACAAGAGAAACAGUAUAAAAAAAUGAUAAUAAUUUUAUAGACAUCUGGUCCCAUAGAGGGGUAGAGGGGUAGAGUGGUACUGUGUUCUGUCAGUUUUUGAUAACACCGAGUUCUGUUUUCCCCUUUGGUAACUUAUCCCCUUCUGAAAAAACUGUUCCGGACAAUGACACUUUCCUAUCAUGAAGCCAGGGUUUUUAAACUAUUCUCCACAGUAUGGUUAUUCAGCUGUUUAUGAACAUGUAUAUUUUUUUCAGUCAGCUAAAGCUGUUCACUCUCAAUUGAAAUGUUAAGGUCCUAAAGCUGUCCUCCCCAUCGAUGGCCCUUGGAGACACGCAAGCCUCAAAGCCUUCAUGAGGAACGUGGAUGCAGGCAAAGAAGAGACAGGUACAGUAACAUACAGAUCACCAGCUGAAAGGAAGCACGUCUGUCCUGGGUUAAUUUAUUAUGAGUUAUAUUUAGACAAAACCUGUUUGAAAAAAGUACAAGCCGUCAAAUCGUUGAUUCCUUCUGUCCUUGAUUCCUCAACUCCUCACCUCCCUCUCAAGGCGCAUUGGAGGAUGGGCUCUAAGGUCCCUCCCCUUAGACCUCCUCCUCCAAUGAGCUUUGAGAGGAAGGUGAGGAAUUGAGGGAAGCAAAAAUUUUACUUUUUCGCUCUCCAUUUCAGGAUGUGAUGUGGACUGUCAGAUGGACGGGGUCACCAAGAUGGCUCCCGUUGUGGCGAUGUUCGCUGGGAAGCCGGAGAUGUUGGAGAAGGUGGAGACGACCAUACGUGUCACCCAGAACAACGAUAUGUGUGUGGCAAUGACACUGGCUGCAGCAAGGUACUGUAGACAUAUAGAGCAGAAAAUGGCUCUUAAUGCAUAAAGGCCUCAUAAAUUGUGUAAUUUAUCUCAUUACUCACACCCAUUAACAUGCUUCAUAACACAAUCAAUGCUAUAUUGACUAUGGUUAUGGUAGGUACAAUUUAUGAAAUUAUGCCAUAUCUACACUGAGCAAAAAAUAUAAACACAACAUGUAAAGAGUUGGUCCCAUGUUUCUUGAGCCGAAAUAAAAUAACCAAGAAAUGUUCCAUACGCACAAAAAAGCUUAUUUCUCUCAAAUUUUGAGUACAAAUUUGUUUACAUCCCUGUUAGUGAGCAUUUAUCCUUUGCCAAGAUAAUCCAUCCACCUGACAGGUGUGGUAUAUCAAGAAGCUGAUUAAACAGCAUGAUCAUUACACAGGUGCACCUUGUGCAGUAAAAGGCCACUCUAAAAUUUGCAGUUUUGUCACACAACACAAUGCCACAGAUGUCUCAAGUUUUGAGGGAGUGUGCAAUUGGCAUGCUGACUGCAGGAAUGUCCACCAGAGCUGUUGCCAAAUAAUUUAAUGUUAAUUUAUCUUCCAUAAACCGCCUCCAACAUCGUUUUAGACAAUUUGGCAGUACGUCCAACUGGCCUCACAACCACAGACCACGUGUAUGGCGUCGUGUGGGUGAGCGGUUUGCUGAUGUCAGCAUUGUGAACAGAGUGCCGCAUGGUGGCGGUGGGGUUAUGGUAUGGGCAGGCAUAAGCUAUGGACAAUGAACACAAUUGCAUUUUAUCAAUGUAAAUUUGAAAGCACAGAGAUACUCUGACGAGAUCCUGAGGCCCAUUGUCGUGCCAUUCAUCUGCCAUCACCUCAUUUUCCGCAUGAUAAUGCAUGGCACCAUGUCGCAAGGAUCUGUACACAAUUCCUGGAAGCUGAAAUUGUCCCAGUUCUUCCAUGGCCUGCAUACUCACCAGACAUGUCACCCAUUGAGCACAUUUGGGAUGCUCUGGAUCGAUGUGUACGACAGCGUGUUCCAGUUCCCGCCAAUAUCCAGCAACUUCGCACAGCCAUUUAAGAGGAGUGGGACAGCAUUUCACAGGCCACAAUCAACAGCCUCAUCAACUCUAUGCGAACGAGAUGUGUCGAGCUGCAUGAGGCAAAUGGUGGUCACACCAGAGACUGACUGGUUUUCUGAUCCACGCCCCUACCUUCUUUUUUUAAGGUAUCUGUGACCAACAGAUGCAUAUCUGUAUUCCCAGUCAUAGAUUAGGGCCUAAUCAAUUUAUUUCAAUUGUCUGAUUUCCUUAUAUGAACUGUAACUCAGUAAAAUCUUUGAAAUUGUUGCAUGUUGCGUUUAUAUUUUUGUUCAGUAUACAUUUCUUGACAGGUUCCUGGAGCAUUUCAUCCUGAAUGGUUCUGACCCCAAUGCUCUGGACUCAGUGUUGGCCCAGCUCAACGACCCAAACAGAAACAACCCUCAGGAUCUGGACAGGGCUGUUAUUGGUACGACUCUAAUGCCACUCCCGCUUGUAAACAUUCACCAUCUUUCUGCUCAUGCAUUAUUAGGGCUUCAUCCCAAAUGGCACCCUAUUCCAUAUGUACUGCCCCCCUUUGGACCAGGGCUCAUAGAGCUCUGGUCAAAAGUAGUGCACUAUUUUGGGAAUAGGGUGCCAUUUGAUGUGCAGCCUUGGUGAUAAGGAUAGAGAUAGGAUGUACAUCUCAACUGAUUUAUUUUAAUAAUUUCCUAUGAGCGCAAGAUCAUACAUAUUGUAUAUUAUCUAUUAAUACAAUGGUGGGAACAGCCGAAUCUCAGCAAGUCAAAACCUAAAAGGUAACACAAGACUGUAAAAUGUAAAUGUACAUAAAAUCUUGAGUGGCAGGUUAAUGAAGGAAAUAUAAUUUCCCCCAAGGUAUGGUAAUAAAUAAUGCAUAUUGGAAUUGUUAAAUGUUGCAUUUCACUCUGCCUUUCAUCAUUGCAGCACAUAUUUAUCAGGUGAAGGACAACUUAGCCAAGCAUUCCCCAGAGCUGAUACCUGCUGUGUUCACUAACACAUGAGGUAGGUCCCACACACACACACUAGGUAGGUGGUGUCGCCAGCACGGCUGUGGCAGCAGCAGGGUCCAGUCUGUCGACUUGGCACCGUAACCACACCAUCCCAGUCAGCACAUCCGUUAGCUAGUUAGUUAGUUAGCCCUGGUCUAAGAAGGUGCUUUCUUUCUCUGUAGUCUUUGAUCAUUAAUGAACCUGUCCUUUUAUUUCCCUCCCGUCUGAAGUGGGAGACGGGACCUCCUGCACCUUUGAAGCUAAAACACAUGUUAGGAUGUGUGUAACUAAUGUUGGUGUAUUCCCCCCUUCCCUUCUCAAUUCAAAAGGAUUUAUUGACAUGGAAAAUAUAACCACAUACAUCGCCCAAGAAAACUUAAGAAAUAUAUUGAAUCAUUGAUGACAUGAAUAAAUAGUAUGAAGACAAUUACUUCUCUGUAUCUCCCUCUUGGUCCUUAUCUGUGUCUGUGGUUCCUAUCCCCAGCCUUGCCAGGUGCAUUCCAGGGAGCGCUACACGGGGUCCUGACACUGAGCCAGCUGGAGGAGGCAGUCAGGGGAACCAUGCGCUGCGGGGGAUGCACCGCCAGUAGGGCCUCAUUCAUAGGGGCCUGUUUUGGAGCACAGGUUGGAGCGAAACCCUACAUUUACAUUUUGGUCAUUUAGCAGGCGUUCUUAUCCAGAGCAACUUACAGUCAGUUAUACUGUAUGGCCCAUGCAAAUAUUAUCAAAAUAUAUAACUUUUAUUAAUCAGAAGUAGCUAGCUAGUAUUUACAUAGUUGUUAAAUGGCCAUUCGAUUGUAAGACAUUCCACACAGUCGGAUUUUCAAAUCUAAUCAUUCAAGUUAUUUGUUCUAUAAGUAAACCUUCAUCCAAUUUAUAAACGUCGACUAUAAGUUGUAGCCUAUAUAAUGAGUAAGCAAUAAAAACACUUUUAUUGAAAUUUGUAUUGGUCUAUCUGGAUCCCCUGUCCAUAGUUUCAGCCUGGGUAAUGAGUUUGACCUCGGAUGGAUUGCUUUGUGUCUGCUCUGAAGGCUCAGCAUUUUAUAUACUGUAGUCUUUAUCUGUUCCUCCUGCCUUGUCUUUCCAGACUGGUCUUCAGGGAAUCCCAGAGUCUUGGAAGAACAGGACCCUCAGAUAUCCUAUGCUGCUGGGACUGGCUAAGAGAGUUGUAGACUCACAGCAAGCCUAAAUUUGGCACAUCGCUUUAAAGGCAGUUAUGCAAAUGUAUAUUACUAAAUUAGUGUCUUCCUAAGGCUGAUUUAACAUAACCAGUCCAACAUAUUAUUAGGGAAUAUGAAUUAUGUAUUGGUGAUGUAAUUUAUUUUACAACUGCUUUGUAAGGCCAUUUUAUAAAACAGUUGUACUUUGACAAAGCAGUUUAUGAAAGUUACAUUCUAAAGCAACAUUUGAUGGAAGUAACUUGAGCCUUGUUGCUCUGUCAAAGCUGCAGUAUGUUGCAAAAGGAUGAGUAUAUGAAAUAUGGAAUAUUCUUGUCAUGUAUACAUUAGGAUUAAAAGAGGAAGGAUAAUUGUGAACCAUUUUUGAAGUAACUGAGUAUGUAAAAUGAAUAAACACAUCAUAUAAACUAAA